UCUGACCGUCACUUUGUGUCGAAGGAUCAGAGCCGUGAUGGCAGUGACGGUUUAUUGGAUUCUCUUUCCCGCCAUUUUGACAUCUUUCUUUACUCUCUCGUCGCCGAAUCAGCCGGACUUCGACCGCUUUCUCGGCGAAUUGGAGGAGGAGAAGCUCACAAACGCUUGCGCUAGUAACUUCUCGUCAAAUUCUUUCGAACUAUUCACUUAUUCAAGAGUAGAAGAAAGCUAAUAAUGCAGAAAUUUGAGGAGUUUUGGAGUUUAAUCGUCCUCCUUGUGUCGAAUUUGUGCGUCUUAUUGUACUUUAGUGUAAAUCUUGAGAUCUUGCUGCAUCUGAGAAUGGAUGCAGAUUCUGCUCUUAAGGAAAGCAUUCAGAAGCUACAAGCUAAAUGGAGCCUUUAUCUCAAGGAACGAGAGGAGUGGAUUCAGGACAUGGUUGAUAAGAUUCAGUACCUGCAGUCUGCUCUAUCAAUCUUAAGGAUGACUCACCACAUGCUGAUGAAAGGCUCAAGAUGCUAGAAGAAGAGGUACGACUCCUUUGGGCUGCUUCCAGAAAGAACAACUUUGAUCUUCAUGCUUUAGAAGCUCAAGCACCAUCUGCUGAAGACCAACUAGCUCUUGUUACUUCACGAGCCAAAAAGAUGGUUGAAAUUGUUACAGAACAGUGGUUCCAGAUUCAACAUCUUGAGCAGGCACUUGAAAUUGCCAAGAUUAGAGCAUUAGAAGUACAAAGGCAAAGUUCUAUGUGAUACACAUUCUUGAAGUUCAUCAAUGAUCUUUCUGAGGUCCAUCUUCCAAGGUUCCCUGGGCAAUUUGGGAGUGGAUUUAACCUGGCUUCAUUCAUCUCUCAAACUCUGGAACAGUUUAAAAGUUUUUUCUCAUCCACUAAGAAGUAUCACCAUGAGUUUCAAGCUUUCAUAAAAAAGGAAAUGGUAAAAAAUGAGUUUACUGCUGCUCUUGCAAAUGAAGAACUGGUUUUCUAUUUGGCUUCCGCUUUACUUAUCUUCCCACUAUUGAGCGCUUGGAUGUUGCUGUCAUCACUGCACAGUUAGGUGGAGAAGAUUUUCCUUCUUGAAGCAUAGCUGCUUACUCUGUUGAACACUCACCCCAUGACUCCCCUUGUCCAUUGAUUUUACAACCAUGUAAAUGUUUGCCUGAGGGUUUAGUAGGCCGCGUUCUAGGGCACAGAUCUAUAGAAUUUUAAUGCAACUGGUUUUUGCCCUUGACAUUCGUUAGGUUCUUGAUGAGUUGAUGGAAUAGGAUUCCAUAUUUUUAGACUCUGAUCAUUACAUUUUGUGUAUGAAAGGUAAACUUAGAUCUAUUGAAGUGUUCUG